GAUCUGUGUCGUGUGAUCACGUCGAUAGCGCGUUCUAGAUAUCGAUUUCAGCCAGGCGAACGGGACAUGCCCACGAGCGGGCUCGUGAGGCCUGCGUCCAACGGCAAUCCGGUUGGUGGGCGAUAACAGCUGCUCCGACAGGCUGCCCAAAUAGCUUUUCCCCGAAAUCGCUAAUUCUCCUAGAGCGUGGCCAUUCCCCUACCCUUCGCUUCUACAAGCCAGCCUGCUUUCGCUCCAUCUUUUGUUCUCUAUCUUUCUUUCCUCUCUCUGUCAACACAUACACUCGACCGACCAUGUUCCGUCUCUUCGCCAACUCCUCCAAGAGCGCUGUCCGCACUGCUGCCAAGGUGCGCAACCUCAGCAUCCACGAGUACAUGUCGGCCAACCUUCUGGACGGCGCCGGCAUCAAGGUCCCCAAGGGUCUUGUCGCCACCACCCCGGAGGAGGCCUACGAGGCUGCCAAGAAGCUCGGUAAGCCCAGGUCCUGGACUGGCGGUCGCGGUAAGGGAUCCUUCGACAGCGGUCUGAAGGGCGGUGUCAAGACCAUCUACAGCCCCGAGGAGGCCCGCAAGCUGGCUCAGCAGAUGAUCGGCCACAAGAUCUUCACGAAGCAGACCGGCGCCCACGGCAAGCCGUGCAACAAGGUGUUCAUUGUCGAGCGCAAGUACGUGCGCCGUGAGUACUACUUUGCGAUCCUGAUGGACCGUGCGACUCAGGGCCCUGUUAUCGUCGCCAGCUCUGAGGGUGGUGUUGACAUCGAGACUGUUGCCGCCGAGAACCCCGAUGCUAUCAUCAAGCUGCCCGUCGACAUCAAGACCGGUCUGUCGGCCGAGGCUGCCCAGGGUCUGGCUGAGAAGCUGGGCUUUGACGCCACCCAGAUCGAGAUCAACCCGCUGGUCGAGACCUCCGACAACCAGGUCAUGUGCAUGGACGCCAAGUUUGGCUUCGACGACAACGCCAGCUUCCGCCAGAAGGACGUGUUUGGUCUGCGCGACCCGACCCAGGAGGACCCGCGUGAGCUGCACGGCGGCGAGCCUGCCAACUUCUUGGACGUCGGUGGUUCGGCCACCACUAAGCAGAUCUCGGAGGCAUUCAAGAUCAUCAGCUCUGACGCCGGUGUCUCGGCUGCUCUGGUCAACAUUUUCGGUGGAAUCAUGCGCUGCGACGUGGUUGCCCAGGGUAUCAUUGAUGCUGUUAAGGAGCUUGAUCUGAAGAUCCCGCUGGUCGUCCGUCUGCAGGGCACCAACGUCGACGAGGGCAAGAAGCUCAUCAACGAGUCGGGCAUCUCGAUCUUCCCGUGCGACGACCUGGACAAGGCAGCCGAGCUCGUUGUCAAGCUCAGCGACAUCACCAGCCUGGCCCAGAAGACCGGCGUCCACGCCAAGCUGUCCCUGGCCUAA